UCUUACAAACAAUAAAACGGAUCUAUCUCCUUAGAGUAAUAUUAAAACUCAAAAGAGGAAGCGAGUUCAGACAAGCGUUUCAUCAUCAUAACGAUAAUUCAACAAACAACCGCAACCUGCUCUAUCUUGAAAUCAAAAACAACAAAAAGAAGGGUUUCCUUCUCUCACUCAAUCAUCAGAUCAGAUCCCAACAACGUAGAUAUGAAUUCCAACCAAAACAAAUCAUCCCCUCUUUCACUCAACAACUACAAUUUCGAUUUCGAUCUCGGCAUCGGAUCCAAUCGCCCCAAAUCCCUCAACGACCAGAAAGCCCCCAAUUCCUCCGCCCCUUCUUACUCCUCCUAUUCUUAUUCCUCCACCGCCACUUCCUCUUCCCAACCGAGGCCCUCCUGGCAACCCAACAAGCCCUCAUGGUCCCACAAGCCCGUCUCCGCUCCUGCCACUCAGACUGGGUUGCCCGGUGGUCCCCCUUCCAUGGUCGGUGACAUCUUCGGCAAGUCAUGGGGUUCCACCCAACCUUCCGCUUCUGCCUCCGCCUCCGCCUCCACCGUCGGCAUCGCUAACAAAAACCCUAACCUUUUCGGAGACCUGGUCACCUCUGCGCUUGGCCAAGGUCCCAGGAGCUCUUCCAAUGUUCCUCUAAAAAACGCAACCCCUGCUUCCAAGCCUUCAGCUCCCGCCACUUCCACCUUUUCCAUGGGAAAAAUGGAAGAUUCUUUGCCCAAAACUGCUAACACCGCACAGAGUAGUACAAAUUGGGGAUCUUCUGCCAAUUUAGGGGGUUCUAGUACCGGGUAUGGUGGUACCAGUAUGAAUUCCAACAGAAGCCCGAAUCUUGGGGGUCCUUCAUUAAGCACUAUGGGUGUUGGUGGUUCAGCUGGUAGUGGAUUCAGUUCCAGUAACAAUGAUCCGUUUAGUUCUCUGUCUGGUAUUGGAUCAAAGCAAUCUGGUGCUGCUAGUCUUAAUUCAGCUGCUAAAUCCCAAAAGAAUGAUUUGGGGGAUGAUGGUUUUGGAGAUUUUCAGAAUGCUUACAAGCCAACCUCUGCAGCUUCUGUUAAUGUUGGAAUUGACAUUGAUUUUGGUGGAUCUGCCACCUUGAAUCAGACCCCAGUCCAGGGAUCUGCUGCUGGUGCUGAUCCAAUGGACAUGUUUUUCUCAUCUUCCUCAGCAUCUGCCGGAGGCACUGCUGCGGCUACGUCUCAAGGAUUUGGAGGACAGGCAUCUGCAGAAGUGGAAGAUUGGGGUCUGGAUUCUGAGUUUGGUGGAGGAGGGCAUGAUGUGGGUGGCACAACCACUGAGCUUGAAGGGCUUCCCCCACCUCCUGCCGGGGUGUCUGGUGCCGCUGCCAAAAACAAGGGGAUGGACAAUUACAAGCAGGGCCAGUUUGCUGAUGCUAUUAAGUGGCUUUCCUGGGCCGUCAUCCUUCUGGAGAAAGCCGGGGAUAACGCAGGCUCUGUGGAGGUUUUGUCAUGCAGGGCUUCCUGUUACAAAGAAGUUGGGGAGUAUAAGAAGGCAGUGGCAGAUUGUACAAAGGUUCUAGAAAAUGAUGAGAAAAAUGUGUCCGUCCUUGUACAGCGUGCUCUCUUGUAUGAGAGUAUGGAGAAGUACAGACUUGGUGCUGAAGACCUGAGGACAGUGCUAAAGAUUGAUCCUGGGAACAGAGUUGCCAGAAGUACCGUUCACCGAUUGGCUAAGAUGGCCGAUUAGUGAUGAUUUUUUCUCCUUUCAUCCAAUUUUUACAAUAUAUAGGUCUAUCUAUACCUACACCUUUACCCCCGGUAGCCAUGAUUGUCAGGGGGUUCAUAGGUAUGAACUGCUUUUUUGAUUUCUGGUUAGCCUUCAUAUGCAUUUCUCUGUGUCCUUUAUUUCAUUCUGGCCAUCUCACGAGAUUAAUUUUCUCGUUUUCUUCAGAGACAUAAACAGCUAAACGUAAUGUGAGUUUCCAUAUUCUUUUCCUAUUUAUGUUGUCCCAAGUGUUUAGAUUGUUUGCAUGUUAUGAAAGUGUUUAUUGGUUGCACUUUCGUUAUUGAGUACCCUUGACGAAUUCUUUUGGAUAUAAAGAAUCAACCUUACGCCAUGCUCCCUCAUCUCUUGAAGUCAUCUAUGGACAUGAGAUUUGUUCUGGGUUGUUAUAAUAUAUGUAAAGGAUUUUUUGGGUCUAGAAGUUCAUGAGAAUUUUAUAUAGACUUCGUUAUUGUUCUGCUGCAUUCUUUUUUUUC